CUCGGCGCCUUGUUCAUGCGGAUAAUCCAGAGUCUGUCUUAUCGGUCUAUGAUUUCAAUCAACUUCGAGCCACUUAGUCUUAGAACACAAGUAGUCUUUAAGUUAGUAGAAGUUCAACUUCAAAACCAGCACUGAGAUGAUGAUCAUCCAUGACUGAGACAGAUUGCCAGUACCCGAU